GCGCGUUUGAAACUCAUCUUACAGGGUGUCCGCUAUUCGCCAGCUCUGCUUCUGCUUAGCCUACCUGGGUUGCAUCUAUCGGCGAAGGCCCGCACUGCGAGGAGGAUACCACCAGAAGAUGGAUAGUUAAGACCACCGCCGUUAAGUCGGUCCGGUUCGGAAAUGGUGGCGUUUUAGCAGUCGGAGUUGGAAAAAUAUCCUCCCUUAGUAGUCGUGCUGUUUUCUACGCUGCCUUGUUCGGUGUUUUGGAAGAGGCCUGAAAGCACAAAAUGUCGACCAGAACGCCAUUGCCUACUGUGAAUGAACGUGAUACGGAAAAUCACACGUCUGGUACGGAUGGCGGCCCAGAAGCCCCUGCUGCUCCGCCCACCAAGUCGGGCAGCCGCGGGAACCUGCCGCGCUGCGCCGUCCUGGACGAGCAGCCGCACGUGGGCAGCUACCGGCUCCUCAAGACCAUCGGCAAGGGCAACUUCGCCAAAGUCAAGCUAGCGCGUCACGUACUCACCGCGCGAGAGGUAGCAGUAAAGAUUAUCGACAAGACACAAUUAAACCCAACUAGCCUACAAAAGCUCUUUCGUGAAGUAAGGAUCAUGAAGAUUUUGAAUCACCCUAAUAUUGUUAAAUUAUUUGAAGUCAUUGAGACGGAGAAGACACUUUAUUUAAUAAUGGAGUACGCCAGCGGAGGAGAAGUAUUUGACUACUUGGUUGCACAUGGUAGAAUGAAGGAAAAAGAAGCCAGGGCAAAGUUCCGACAGAUUGUUUCAGCAGUGGAAUAUUGUCAUCAGAAAAGGAUAGUCCAUCGAGACCUUAAGGCUGAGAACCUGCUCCUGGAUGCCGAUAUGAACAUCAAGAUUGCGGACUUCGGCUUCAGUAACGAGUUCACCCUGGGCAGCAAGCUGGAUACGUUCUGCGGCUCGCCGCCCUACGCCGCCCCCGAGCUCUUCCAGGGCAAGAAGUACGACGGGCCCGAGGUGGACGUCUGGAGCCUGGGGGUCAUACUCUACACGCUGGUCAGCGGCUCGCUACCCUUCGAUGGGCAGAACCUGAAGGAGCUGAGAGAGCGUGUGUUGCGAGGGAAGUACCGCAUCCCCUUCUACAUGUCUACAGACUGUGAGAACCUGCUGAAGAAACUACUGGUACUCAACCCAGGCAAACGUGGCAGCCUGGAGCAAAUCAUGAAGGACCGCUGGAUGAACACGGCCCACGAGGAGGAGGAGCUCAAACCUUACACAGAGCCGGAGCCGGACUUCAGUGACUCUGCCAGGAUAGAGCUGAUGGUCAUCAUGGGUUUCCCGAAGGACGAGGUGAAAGAGUCGCUGGAGGCUCAGAAGUAUGACGAGGUCAUGGCCACGUACCUGUUGCUAGGCAGGAAACAAGCCGAGUUUGAGGGGAGCGAGUCGCAGUCCAGCCUGAACCUGUGCCAGAGGGGCCGGCCCAACAGCGAGCUGAACAGCACCUCCCAGUCCCCAGCGCACACCGCCUCCUCCAAAGUCCAGCGCAGCACGUCCGCCAGCCAGAAGCAGCGGCGCUACAGCGAAUACGUGGCGCCCUCUAUCCCUCCGGCAGUGUCCUACACCAAGCGAGCGCAGGCCAACAGCGUGGAGGGGGAGAAGAAGGAGGAGUGGGACACGACCCGCAAGCUGCCCACCUCCAGCUCCAAGGGGGAGAUGGCCGCCUCGCCACUGGUGGCCCAGGAGCACCGCAGGAGCACCACCGCCUCAGGGAGCAGUGCCGCAGGAGCGAUGACGCGCAGGAACACGUACGUGUGUGAGCGCUCCAGCACAGAUCGACACUCUGCCAUCCCCAAUGGGAAAGACAGCAGUCUAACAGAGAUGUCGGCCUCGGCGAGCGGUGCGUCCCCUUCCUCAGGCACGUCCUCGGCGCUGGCCUCCACACGGCCGCGUCACAUCAAGUCUAUGUCGGCCUCAGGCCACCCCGUCAAGUCCCCCCUGCCGCCCAUCGACGACAACACGGAAUAUAAAGGCACCAAUGCCCGGGCCCCCACGGCCUCCCCGUCGGCCCACAGCAUCAGCAGCAGUACGCCGGACCGCACGCGCUUCCCCAGGGGCACCUCCAGCCGUAGCACCUUCCACGGUGGCCAGCUGCGCGACCGGCGCAGCGCCACCUACAACGGGCCGCCCGCCUCGCCCACCCUCUCGCACGACACGGGCGCCCUGGCCCAGGCCCGGCGCGGCACCGGCAUCAUCAGCAAGAUCACCUCCAAGUUUGUGCGCAGAACUCUCUCUUUCAGGGUCAAUCCGAGGGUUCCCAGUGAGGGGGAGGCCAGGGCCAGGACUGACAGCCUGAGAAGCACGUCGGGCGAGCCCAAGGAGGACUGCCGCGACUCCAAGCCGCGCUCGCUGCGCUUCACCUGGAGCAUGAAGACCACCUCGUCCAUGGAGGCGGCGGACAUGAUGCGCGAGAUCCGCAAGGUGCUCGACGCCAACAACUGCGACUACGAGCAGCGCGAGCGCUUCCUGCUCUUCUGUGUGCACGGCGACGCACGCCAGGAUAGCCUGGUCCAAUGGGAGAUGGAGGUGUGCAAGCUGCCCCGCCUCUCGCUCAACGGCGUGCGCUUCAAGCGGAUAUCCGGCACGUCCAUCGCCUUCAAGAACAUCGCCUCCAAAAUAGCCAACGAGCUGAAGCUUUGAGGGCGACACAGUUUGGCCUGACGAGGAAAAAACAACGGUAGAUUUAAUUAACAAAAAAAAAUAAACAUUUGAGAACAUUGCCUCCAUAAUAGCCAACGAGCUGUGAUGCUUUGAGGGACGCAGUUUGACCCAACGAAAAACGGUAGAUUAACAUAAACAAAAAUAGGGUCCUACGCACCUCCGGUGCACGGGCCCUAAAAACAACAAAGUACAAUAAUGGGAGAUAACAAAAUAAUUCUGAACAUGCACAUACAUGGACGGGCGGGGCAGGGGUGGAAUAUAAUACCCUUGAUACUGUUGGCGGUGUAACCAAGCCUACUUAAAAUAGCAGAGAACUUUGAAUGCCAUUUUCUGUUCAUUGUUACGGUAUACUGAUUUUAUUUUAUUUUUCAAUCUACUGGUUUAUGGAUCGGAAGAUGAGGGGAGGGGGAAAAAAAUCUUAGUACUGUAUUACUCCUCCAAAAAAUAUCUGAGCCCCCAUGCCCCCUCCCUCCAUUGCACCCUUUUGCUAUGGCUGUUCCUGUGGGCAUGUCUACUACACACCCAUAACCCAGUAACAUCAGAGGAUGAACUAGAAGCUUAGUUGACACAACCAUCCCCCUCCAUACUCCAUCUCUGAUUUAAAUUUUUCCAGUUUCCCUCCAACUGAAUUCCGGGUUCAUGUCCUGAUUUUACUGAAUGGCCCUGUUUUUGCCCCCUUUUUGUUUUUAUUUUAUUUCCCCCCUCCCCACAGGGCCUUGCUUCUUUGGGCUGAAGCUCACGCAACCAUCAUUGCAAUAAUAAACCGUGUUGAUGGCCUGCUACUAUUACUCUUAGAUAUUCGCUUGAACUACCUUUUGUAGGGUGUGCGGGGGUGGGGCAAACGGCUACAGUGCAUUUGUCCCACCCACAUGUACAGGUUAUCUAGAGAAUGUUUUUUGUCAACCUUGACUGUUUAUAGAGUUGUAUAAUACAAGGUACUUUCAGCAUUAUGCCUGAAGGUCGUUUGUAUAGUUUUUGGGUUGUGUACAGAAAAAAAGAAACUGUAUGUUUUAAUGUGUCAUACUGUAUUUUUUUGUUUGUUUUUUGUUUUUAAUUUUGUUUCAGUUCAUGACCUGAAUAGUAUCUUUUUAGUGUAUAGUUCUAAUGUUUUAAUGUUUUUCACAAGUUUUUUUUUUUCAUUUGUUUUUGUUUUUAAAUUUUUAAAUUUAUGGAGCCCAGUCCUCAAAGAUAACAAUUGAGUAGCAUUAUUUAAAAGUGUUAGCAUGUUACAUUCAAACAUACAUUUACCCUUAAUGCACUCAUAGUAGAUAUUUUUUGGUUCUAUAAAACAAACAAAAAGAGGGAGACUGUUGUAUGUGGACAUGGCAUCAAGCACGGACAGCAUUCAUUUAUUCAUUCACUUAUUCAUUUCCUUCCUUUCCCUUAGAUGUGGAGACGUCUUGAUUUUUAUGAAAUUAAACAUUUUAAUUGUUUCUCUGGAAUUUAACGGACACAGAACGGACACUCCAUCAAACGGUACUGUACUGGCAGAACAGCAGAGAUGGUAGGCUACAGGCCUGUCUUGAGUUGGCCUGGGGUGCAUUUCUCGAAAGCGUAGUUGUUAGCAAUUCGCAACUUGGGUAGUUGCCAAUGGGAAAUUGCAUUGCAACCAACAAAGUAGCUAAAGUAGUUAGCAACUAUGCUUUCGAGAAAUGCACCCCUGGUUUGACCUGACCCUGUGCUGCUCACAAUACUCACGGCUGGCUUUGCUUGGCUUUUGCACCAUCGGGUACGUUCCAGAAUGCAGGGUUAUGAUGAUGUGUCAAUGCAGGGUUUCCUAAAGUAAAAAUCCUGUCGCAAUUUGAUCCAACCAGCUCUAAAUAAGCUGAUCAUCAUGAGAACUUGAGGCAUACAGGGUGCAUUUCUUGAAAGCAAAGUUGCUAACUAGGUUAAAUACUUUGUUGGUUGCAAUGCAAUUUCCUAUUGGCAACUUCUCAAGUUGUGAAUUGCUAACAACUACGCUUUCGAGAAAUGCACCCCAGAUCAGCUACUCAGUGAAAGUCACUUGUGUUGGAAGGUGACUGUGGCAGGGUUUCUAUUUUCUGAACCCGGAACUGACACCUCUGUACAGGUGUCUAGUGACUUCCCUGAGUACGUUGACUCAAAAUCAAGUGGUAAACCUCCUAAUAGAAGGGUCACCUGGUUUCAUUCUCUUGGUGCAGCAAAGCUAUUGGGCUUUUCUGUUAGGAGGCUUACCAAUGACUGUGAGUUAACGACUCUUGAUCAGUUAGUAAACCAGGUACUUGAAACCGGUACCUCUGUGGGAGCCUGCAUCAGACCACGUGACCAGAGUCUACAUGGGAUAUUAUUUUUUUCCCAGCCUCGUAAACUAGACCAAACCAGCAGAAUAUAUACAGUAUAUGGUGUAUUCAGGUAAAUUGGUCCACUUUGGGCAAUUCGCUUAUAUGCGAAAAAAGUGGCGCAAUUUACUUGAAUUCAUCCCUAGAUUUUUUUGCCUGACAGUUUGGUCUAGCCUUGCACUACAAGGCAUAAUCCAAUCAUAGACCAUGAACCUGACCUUGGAUUACAAAGCUUUGUGUAGUAUAGUUCUGAAUCUGUAUUUAGCGAGUCAUUCAAAUGGGUUUAGCACAGUGAUUUUGCCUAUGGUGCAAGCCCAGACUAUACAUGUCAUAGGUCAUGUUAUUGUCAGGCUUGCCAGGUUACCCCCAACCCCCUACACCCC